UGUCCGAGUAACGGCCACGGAAAGCGCCAGUCGAGAAGGGCACGAGGGAUCGUACUAGUACGAGCGUAUAUAGUGUGAUGAAAAGUCGCGAUAAAAGAGAAACGGUUUGCACGCCCACACUCGGCCACGACGCAUGCGCGGUGACGGGAGUCGAUAGGCGCAUAAGUAGCAGACAACUCGCACUCGACUAACCUCAAAAUAUCUUAUUUAUCGCGUCGGAACGGAUAAGGUCGCGGACCGUUCCGUCGACGAGUUCCGUCCCGGAACUUCGUCUCGGAUGCGUCGUAUUUGAUUCCUGAGAAAAGGUGCGCGGCCUCGCGCGUACUUUCACCUCCGUGACUCGUUUCGAAUCCUAAUCGCUCCACGAAACCACGAAGAGAAUCCGUAACUGUUUCGCUCGUACACUUUCUGCGCAACGGUUCUCGGUGAAAUAAUCGACACGUCGCGAAUCGAACCGAGGAAAAAGGUGAUACGUCGAUCAAGUAGAAUAAGAUGGGUCAUGCUUGGAGCCGCAGUGCUUCUUCCGCGAAUAUAUUGUCCGCGGAGGAGUUGACGUUAGUGGAGAAUCUGUUCAAGUCUAUGUUUCGAAGCUCAGGCUCCAUAAAACGCGAGGACAUAUUUAAACACUGGACUGUCCACUUGGAUGACACUUUAUUGCAAUUUGUGGUACGGUUCCUCUGCCACGAACCAGGAAAAAAAGUCUCCGCUAUAAAUGGAGAGAACUUUGGUCGUCUGUAUGUGUUCUCUGUUCGUGGUAGUCCAGAAGAGAGGACAAGUUUAGUAUUUAAUGGCUACUCAGAAGAGGAGCAGAAGCAAGAGAUACCCACCGAAAUAUUCCUACAAUACGUACAAGCUACGAUAAAUUCCUAUUUGAGGCUUCAGAAGAAUUCCGGCAAUGCACACUAUUUAACCUGGAGCAGUAUAGGCUGCACCGUGAAUACCAGGAGGAUAGGAAUGCGCUCCAGAACUUUAUGCGAAGACAUCAUUAAACACGGGGAUACAUUGACUGCCGAGCAGGUGGAAAAUUGGUUUGUUGCAGCUGCUACAUUCAAAACGAUCCAAUCGCACGUCUUCCAGUGCCUUUUCCUUGUUUCUCAAAAGAAGGGGGACAAGAACACCAGUGGCAGAAUAAACGACUUGAAUCUGCUGCCAGUGUGCAAAGGUCUGGAGAACAUACCUCACUUCCCUAGCAUUCUGGGACUAGGGGACGUUCUGUUUCUAAAUCUCAGCCUGCCCCACGAACUUCGCAACGAAUGGAGGUUCUUGUUUUCUAGUCAAGUGCACGGGGAAUCGUUCUCCACCAUGCUAGGAAGAAUUACCAUGCAAGGAUCCACCAUUAUAAUCCUCCAAGACACCGACGAUCACGUUUUUGGGGGUUUUGCUUCCGACAGUUGGAAAGUGGGUCCCAAUUUCAUAGGAAACCACACUUCCUUCUUGUUUAAGCUCGAACCAGAGAUACUAACAUUCUCAUCCACAACUUACAAUAAUCAUUACCAGUAUUUGAAUCUCCUCCAACAGACUAUGCCUAACGGUUUGCUCAUGGGGGGGCAGCUGAACUACCCUGGCCUGUGGCUGGACAGCGAGUACGGGACAGGCAGAUCAAGUCCAUCCUGCACAACCUUCCAGAACUACGUGCAGCUCAGCGGUAAGGAGAACUUCAAGAUCAAGCAUUGUGAAGUGUGGGGCGUCGGUCCUUUGCCGGAGCAAGAGGAGGACGUGCGGGACUCUAGGUCGGUUCUAGACCAGGACUCUACCACCAAAGUGAUGAUGGAAUUGGCCGGUCGUAAAAUGCACAGCGACGGUUUGAGGGAGAAGAAAGAGUGACGUGCGACGCGUCUCACUGAUGCUAGGGGUAUAUACGAAUCUGUAAUCAGGCUAUUAAAAAUGUAACAGCUUUUUAGAACAGAGAAAUCAUUGUAAAUCUGUUGUAUCCGUAAGGCGACGAGCGAGCAGGUAAAACGUCACCACCGCGAUCGGUACUAUAUCGGUAAUCUCGUAGCCGGCGUUUCGACAACGUUGAAACAAGCUCCGUUGAAACUCUCGUGUCCCUGUAACGGCCUGAUAUCACUUUCUGCCGCUGGAAGUCAUCUAUUUCCGAUCGCUGUCACGUUUCGCGACUCGCUCGCGUCACCCAACGAGCCACCGAACGAGCCACACCGUGUCGCGAUAACGAGAAGAGCAAACCACCGCGAGUCGCCGUGUCUUUCGAUUGCCUAUUCUCUAGUGCCUGCGAGUCACGUGAACCGUUUAGAACCGGGGGAGCACCCGCGCCGAACAAAUACUCCGUGUAUCAGUAAACAUUUCGCGCGACUAUCGUUCACUAUUGUUACAUAAGACUGUUCGUGCGUGUGCGUGCGCGUGUUUAUUCCUAUUACGAGCAACACAGAAACCAAAGAGAGAACACCGCACCGUUGUUCGAGACUUUUCGAGUUCAAUAAACAACUGAAACCUCGCUGAACG